AUGAAAAACGUUAUUAGAAAAAGGUUAGCGGGGUUUGAAGAUAAUGAUUCAGAAACUGAGGACUCAGAGCAUUUGAAUAUCAAAAAGCGAAAGCUAUUUUUGCCUAAUGAUGCAGUAGCAACAAAAAAAGAGAAUAAUAGUGUGACCAAAGACGAUGAUGACAGUAAAGAGAUCGUGAGUUAUGAAGAUCCGCAGUUUGUCACUGGCCAAGAAGAAGAUCAACAGAAUGAUGAUAUUGAUACAACAACCCACCAGCCAAAGUAUACAGAAUUACAGAAGAUGAGCCGGGAUAAAGGACUCAAGAAAUCGUUGUUUGAAGAUUCUGGAUCAAAAGGUCUAAGCAUAAUGGAGAAAAUGGGGUUCAAGGUUGGUAAUUCUUUAGGAUUGCGGAAAUAUGACAAAGACCGUCCCCUGGUGCCAAUUACAGUGAAUGUGAAGAUCAAUAACUCUGGGAUCGGAGCGAGCAGCAAAGUGGAGAAGGAACCCCUGGGGGUCACUAUGGAAGAAUACCAUAGUAAUGUGAAGGAGAAGAAUUUCAAAUCACAACAACAGAAAACAAUAUGGAAAUUGAUGAAGAAGUCGUUUGAAUUAAGUGGGGAUGAUGAUGUUAUGGAUAUAAAGACGAUCAAUCCGUUGGAUAUCAAUGUUCUAUGGAGAGAGUAUGUGAUCAAUCUUCAAGAGAAUUUGAAGAGAAAAAAAAUAAUCCAAUUGAUGGGAGAAUCAGAGCCCCAGGAUGAUGAGAAAUAUGAUAUUGAAAAUGAUGUUGAAUUACAGGACCUCUUGGCGGAAACCCCAGAUGAAAUCAUUGAUAAACUAAUAAUAUUCCUACGAUCUGAAUGCUAUUACUGUUUUUGGUGCGGGAAUAAAUUUGAAAAUGAUGAACAACUACUAAAAUUUUGUCCUGGACCAUAUGAAGAAGAUCAUGUUUAA